AAGAGGUUGUUCCUGUUGUGUGGCUUGCUGCUGAUCCCAGCAGUUUCCUCCUUCUCGUUGCCUUUCAUCAGCAUGGAUACUUGGCGGAGAGGGUCCAUUAAGUCCACAACGUUCUUCAGGCGUUUCUCACUCAGGAGACACAAAAAGCUGGGCAACCAAGUCAUCAUCUUGAAUCAGAACAGCCACACUCUGGACAGUGAUGGACAGUGCCAGAAGAGGGAAUGCUUGAGGGAUCUGAAGGACAAGUCUGACUACCUGUCCUGUCAGAGUGAGCAAAACCUAGCCAAGGCACAGGCACCUCCCAAGCCUCCCCGGCUCUACCUGGACAGUUCCAGCUGCCCUAACAUCAUCGAUCACACAGAUUCACAUUCUGACAUCUCCUUUUCUAGUGCUACUCAUCAAUACCACAAAGCCACUCAAACUCAAUUCCACAAGGACCAGGCUACAGACCACGGGACCUCAGAGACAGGUUCCCAGAAUGGCACCACUCUGUCUGACCUGUCUGACCCCUUCCUGUCCUUCAAAGUGGAUUUGGGGCUCUCGCUUCUUGAGGAUGUUCUCCAGACCCUCAGGAAACAGAACCCAAGAGAUUACGCCAUUUGAAGGUAUUUAUCAUUUAACAUAGCACAUGUACUUACUGCUGCUGCCAGUUUCUCUAGUCCUAGCAGGAGGAAGGAUACUGCAGCAUUCCCGUUGUGUGUGGCCUGUUCUGUUCUCAUCUCACCCACCACAGACUGUCCUUGUCCUUGCCAAGGAGACCUUCGGAGCAGAGCUCGCAGGCU